AUGAUCCGCGCCUUCUCCUUCCCGGCCAGCCCGGAGCGGAGCCGGCUGCGCGCCUGGCUGGAAGGCACCCUGGCCGGCUUGUGCGAGCUGCACUUGCUGCGGGAGCGCCAGGAGCGGCGCGUCCGGCAGGCGCUGCGCAUCGCCGCCGAGCCCUCGGCCGCCAAGCCCGGGAGUUGCGAGGCCGGGGGAGGCGGGGAGCCUUCGCCGGAGGAGCAGCUGGAUGCCCUUCCUGAGUUGAUGUGGGAAAUGGAACAGCAGCUGGGCUUAUUACGACUAUACGGCAACGAGAAGACGUGCGGGGAGGCAGUUGAGACAGACAGCUGGCCUAGUUCAGGUUUCUACGAGGGUCAACAGUCGGCAGUGGCCUCCGAUUCACCAGCUUCUGGAUUUGAAGAUUCUUCCUCCAGCAUCCCAUCAGCAUCUGGGUCCUAUUCCCGAAUCAGCCAUCUGGAAUCCCGCCUUGGAUAUUCCAACGAGCGCCCCAAAUCUAGGGCAGAGGAGGCGGCGGCGUCGGUCGACCAGUCUCCGUCGUUCGGGGCCUGCUCGGAGUCGAGCCUCGGGUCGGCCAAAGGCGGCGUGGUCCGACAGAGCAGCCUCUGCAAGCGACCCACCGAGCUGCUGUCCCUGCAGGCCGAGCGCAGGCACCCUCCGUCCAUGGAGAGGGGCAGCAGCACCCCCUCACCCUGCGGCCACGAGGGGGGUGCUGCUGUCACCACCACCCGUGUCUGGUCUUCAUGGGACGCUGCAGCCGAGAGGACUUUGGCCGCCAAGACAGUGGCGGAGGACUUUCACCCACUUCCAUCCAGUCUCCGGAAACCCCCCAAGCUGCAGGCGUUGGCCCAGGGGAGGUCUCCCUCCCUAGACCCCUAUGACACUCUCUAUCCCUCAUCCCCUCUGUUGGACAGGGAGGAACGGUCCUCACGGGGAAGCGUCCAGGAGCCAGUCUCCUACGAGUCGGAGGAAGGAGGCUGCCUGAUGGUCAAAGCCCAGUACAUCCCUGCCCAGCAGCCCCCCUGGGCCCAGCAGGCUCACCGGGGGGGCAGGAGGAAGCCCCCACCCCUGACCAAAGGCCGCUCGGUGGAACUGUCGCCUGAGCGGGUCCCUCUGCUGGUGAGGGAACGGCUGCGGGUUGUGGCCCCUGCCAAGAAGUGCCGCUUUACAGAAGAGGGGAGUGACGGGGCUGCGAGAAAGGGGGGCGGGAGGAAAAGUUCCCCCAAAUCCAAGAAAGCGGCUAGAUCUCAAUCGGAGAACAGCCUUCUGAACAGGUCCCGGCUGAAAUACGGGACUGUGGACCGGGAGGAAUCAGCACAGAAACCGUCCCGGCAGCGUCGGUUGCACAGGAACACGGGCAGCGGCUACCGCAAGUGGAGUUCAACAGCUGAGCUCUCUCAAGAGGAGCUGUCUCCCGGGAGCACCGUGGAGCCUCCACGGGGCCAACAGGGGCCAGGCCCUGCAGGGUACACCUACCCAGGCAGUGACUCCGAGUAUUCUGGCGAGCCAGCCAGGAGGGCUCCCGUGUGCCGCCUGGAAGAGGGCCUCGUUGGCGGAGACAGCGACUCUAGCCUGAGCGACGGGGACUCGCCCCCACCGUACAGCAGCGGCGCAUCCAGCGAUACAGACGAGAGUGGGGGUCUCGUGUGGCCGCAGCAGCUCUCCCCGCAGCUGGUGUCGGCGUCCGGCCCGGGAAAGGCUACCAGCGGGCAGCCCAAAGUGUUCGUCAAGAUCAAGGCCUCUCACGCACUCAAGAAGAAAAUUAUGCGCUUCCGAUCCGGCUCUCUCAAAGUCAUGACGACGGUGUAA